GUCCAUUCAAUAGUAGUGAAUGGUGGCCAGAAUUUUAAAGGUCCAAAAUGGACAUAAAAGGCAGCAUGAAAAUAAUCCAGUGGUUUAAUCCACACCUAUCACGAUAUGAUAGGUGUGGAUGACAAACAGAUCAAUAUUUAAGUCUUUUUUUUUUUUUUUUUUUUAACUGUAAAUCCACUUUCAUUUUCACUUCCACAUUCUGGUGUGGAAGUGACUUUCACAUUCAGCCACCUACGGGUCGGGGAUGGUCAAAGGUGGAGAUUGAUAGUAAAAAAGAAGUUCAAUAGUGAUCUGUUUCUCACCCACACUUAUCAUAUCGCUUCUGAAGACAUUGAUUUAACCACUGGAGUCGUAUGGAUUACUUUAAUGCUGCCUUUAUGUGCUUUUUGGAGUUUCUGAGUUCUGGACACCAUUCACUUGCAUUGUAUGGACCUACAGAGCUGAAAUAUUCUUCUAAAAAUCUUCGUUUGUGUUCCACAGAAGAAAGAAAAUCAUACACAUCUGGGGUGGCAUGAGGGUGAGUAAAUGAUGAGAGAAUUUUCAUUUUUGCAUGACCUACCCCUUUUAUUUUGUAAUUUACACAAUAUCAAAUAAAAAUAACAUUGCUUAAAUGUUUUUCUAUAAUAACUUCGUUUACUCAAGCAGCAGAGUCGUUGCAGUAAUUAUAAAAACCUUAUUUAAUAAACCGGAGACUAUGGAAUGCGUUCAUAAUACAAUGUCAUCAUUAAAAAUUAUGAUUCCUACUGAAAAACAGCAUCCUGAACGCACGGCUCGAUCUGUGGAAUAUUACGUAAAACGAGUCGUGUUGAAUGGUCUGUAUGCGCGAGGAACACUCGAUAGCGCCCAAACAGACGCACACAUGGCGAUCUACACUAAUAAGGAAAAGUUGGAGGCACUUUGUACCCUUGUGACGUGCUCUUGCGUCCAAUGGGACAGACCGCUGAGAUACGCGUAAAUUUACACUGGCCGUCCUGCGCAUAUGAACCCUCCGCAGAGUGUGUAGUGGGAUUUGCCGGCGGGCUGAACGGAGAGCAGUUUUUAGACUCUAUAUCGUCUGAGAUUACAGCCUGGUCUCGUGAACUAACCGACGAGUGAAAGGUCUAGUUGGGUCGUAUUAAUAAUCGUACAUUUGCAAUGCACCUACAUUAUUAUGGGUAGGCUAUAGUGAAUCCCUUACAGAUGUUUCAGCCCUGGCUACACAGAAAAUCCACGAAAAACCCUGAAUCCUAGCAGGAUCUUUAUAUCCAAAGACCCAUAAAGUUUUAUACAGAGAGCAAUAACGGUGAAAUUUGCAAUGCAUAUGGAUGUGGGGAUGUACGAGAGUCGCGCGGACUAUAAGUCCCAAAAACAAUGCCAAAAAACCUCGUUCCGGUUUUAUCAAGCUGUGCGGGACCUGUUACCGGUGUGGGUCCUGGAGGACAUGCGGACGAUGGAGGUGUUUCACUGGGAAGAUGACGGACGGGCGUGCUUGUAUUCCCCAUCGGAGGCUUUUCUCUACGCGCUCGUGCACGACCACCAGCAGUACGCGCGCUACAUACUCAACAGAUUCUCAGUCCGCGCGCUGGAGAUGCCCAGCAGAAGUUUCUGCUGCUGUCAGGCAUCUACGACACCUCACCUCGCCAUAGCGGUCCGCUACAAUCGCAUUAACAUCCUUAAAAUGAUCAUGGACACCAUCAAGGACUUUAAAGACUGUGAGAGACAGAGUUAUCUCAACCGCCAGGGCUGCAUCCACACGGACGACAGCAAGACCGCGCUGCAUCUCGCGUGUGACCUGGUGCGUCCUGAGUGUUUGAAACUGUUGCUGGGACACGGCGCGUGUCCUUACGCAACUGACCUGUCAGGGAACACUCCACUGGACUGUUUACUCAGGCAGAUCUGCCAGAGUGAAUUUGACAUGCAGACGAAGCACAUUUGUCUUGGCUACAUCAUUUUAUUCAUGCCCAAACUUCGUUUCAAGAUGAACGGACAGUUGGAGGACAAUGCAGAUUUUUGGAGGAGUCUCAUAGGAGAGCAGGCGUUCCAGUGGCUCUCCGGAUCAUCCCCUUCUUCACUGCUCGUUCAGGCCAUGCAGAAGCUCAGCCAGUCCAUUUCCAGAGACCAGCUGGACUCACUGCCGGACUGUCUGAAGCCCCUCGACUUCAGACUGGGUCAAGCUUAAAGUGCACA